AUGUAUGGUGGAGAUGAGGUGAAUGCCCUUGUGAUCGACCUUGGAUCCAGCACAGUCAAAGCUGGCUACGCAGGGGAAGAUACCCCAAAAGCACUAUUCCCUGCGGCGGUGGGCUGUAUAGGAGAGCAUGAUGGCAGUGAAGUGAGCAACGGCGGUGAGAAGAAUGGACGGAAGCUGCAUGUCGGAUCGCAAGCGAUGGGAUUCAGGAAAGAUGACAUGGAAGUUGUGCAGGCGUGUAACAACGGGCUCUAUGACAAUUGGGAUGCCAUUGAAGCCAUCUGGGGCCAUAUCUUCAAUGAUCGGCUCGCUGCAAAUCCCGCCGAGCAUCCUGUAAUGCUGGCAGAGCCCUCCUUCAACACAAAGGACAUCAGAGAGAAGACGGUGGAGCUUCUGUUUGAGAAGUUCUCGCCGCCUGCUGUCUUCCUGGCGAAGAACGCUGUGCUCUCUUCCUUUGCCAUGGGCCGACAGAGCUCACUGGUAGUGGAUGCUGGCCAUGAGGGCAUUGUAGUGUCGGCUGUGCAUGACGGGUACGUGCUGCAGAAGUCGAUAGCGAGGGCGCCCAUCGGCGGCAGGCUGCUGACGCAGUGCAUGCUGCAGUCGGUUGAGUCCAAGGGCAUUACAGUGAGGCCGUCCUACUCUUUCAAACGCAGCAUCAACGCUUCUGGCCAGUAUGAGUUGAAGAACCUGGACUUCCCUCAGACGAGCCCCAGCUAUCGCCAAUUCAACAUGGAACAGAUUGCAGCGGAUGUCAAAGAGAGCAUCGGGCGCGUCUCAGAUGGGCCCUUUGAUGCAGAGCAAAACGCCAGCAUCCCCACAGUCAACUAUGAGCUGCCUGAUGGGCAAGAGAUACAAGUUGGCCCAGACCGCUUCAAGGUUCCUGAAGUGCUCUUCAACCCGGACAGCAUAAACCGCUGCGAUGCAGAGCUGAGAAGAGAUCUCUACAGUGGCAUCCUGCUGGCAGGUGGCACGGCGAUGUUCACAGGGCUGAGGGAUCGGCUGGAGAGGGAACUUGCAGAGGCAGCGCCGCACAACUGCAAAGUCAAAGUGACAUCGCCCGCCAACUCGCUGGAGCGCAAAUUCAGCGUGUGGAUAGGGGGGUCCAUCCUGGCAUCUCUGGGCUCGUUCCAGCAGAUGUGGGUCUCAAAGAAGGAAUAUGAGGAGCAUGGAGCGGGCAUCGUUCACCGGAAGGCUCCCUAG